UGAUGUCGACCAUUGAAGGCCGGUGCCGUUGAUAUACUGCCUUUCCCAGUUACCGUGACCCAGUGUCCUCCUCUUUCCUCCCUCCCCCCCACAUUCCCCCCGGGCUCGAGCUGUGCUCUUUUUUUACACACUUUCCUUCAUCACUGGUCUUUCCACCCUCUUGUCCACAAGUCCCUUUCUCUCUGCCAUCUAGCCGGAUCCUUCUUGAGCAGCGCUCGUUAUCAUCUUCCUCGCAUCUGAAGAGUAGUUCAUCGCAAUGGGAAACCUCAUCUGGCACGAAUACGCUCGCUACGUUAGCAUUACUGCCACCGCCUAUGGAAUUUGGGCGAGCUUCUUCGCUCUUUUCUAUCGCAAGUUCUUCUGGGACUUCGUCCACGGCACUUUGAGAGAUCCCGGAGGAUUCCAGCCGGCAAAGAGUGAUGCCAUCUUCAUCUCACUCAUCGUCAAGGCUCCUGUCAUCCCCAUUCUGAGUGCCAUCGUUGGUCUCAUGAUUCUGGCUAUUGAGAAUCCGAUUCCUCCCCUGAGAAACUCGGCCAUUCAACGUAGUUUCCCAUUGAAGAUCGUCUUGCUUUUGUUCCAGGCUGUCCUUGCGGUUUUGUUCUAUCAAGGCACGAACUGCGCGCUCUGGUCACUUAUCGCGAUCCUCUGUUACACGCGUGCGGUCGCACUCGGGGAAAUAAUGCAGGAGGCAAAGACGAACAGAGGAGGGCAAGGUGGUCGGGCGUGAUCCCGGCAUCCUUAAAUUUCCCUGGCACACAAGGGAGAAAGUCCAGCAUUCAACCGGACUGCGUCCGUUUUCUUUUUCUCAAUCUACACACCUACCCGGUUUCCGACUUCCUGACACUUUCCUGUACCCCGCUUCUUGUACUUCUUACACUUGCUGCUAGCAUGAUUGGUGUUCAUCAGCAUUUGCACAAGGAUUUCUUCGUUCGCUCACCUGCUUGCUUCCUAAUCCUCCUUACCCUUCGGUGUCAACACGGCGUGAUUCGAGAUUGAGAAGCAUGACCAUGACAUUCAUCUGGAUUUCGUUUCUUGCCAUUCACCAUGACCUCUACUCCCGCCGAAAUCUUCAACAAGCUCAGUUCUCAGUUCGAGCUAGCCAAAUCAGCGGGCGAUCUCCUGUUUUUCGCAUCCACGAUUGAAAAGCAUGAGGAUUCGGGGAUCGAGUACGAACUGAGAGUAUGCCCCGCUCUUCAAAAGAAGCCUCAGUCUCCCGCUACCGAACUCCCCGACACGCUGCCCCGUGAUAAACCGGAUCCCUUCCAGAGCCCCUACAACCCCAAUUUGUUCCUGGGUGAGCUGCAAGAUGCCGACAGUGGUGAACGCUACACAGUCUUGCUCAACAAGUACUCUGUCGUCCCGCGACACUUCUUGCUCGUGACCAAGGAGUUCCAACCGCAAACCUCACCGCUAAGCCCGCCAGAUCUCGUUCAAACCUAUCUUCUCCUCGCCGCCGCACGCAAAAAACACCAGACCUUCAUCGCGUUCUACAAUUGUGGUGACCUGUCGGGCGCAUCGCAAGCACACAAGCACAUACAGUUUUUGCCGUUAGACGAUGAUUCGGAAGACGGUCCUCCCAUCGAAGUCAAGGCGCGGGACGUCAAGCUCGAAUCUCGAGUGACCCCGUUCGCGCUGGACCUGUCGUACGCGAACCACGUGUACCGCUUCCCUGAGCGGUUCCACUCGCUCAAGCCCGAGCAGAUGGAGCCGAUCCUUGCGAACGCGUUCUUCGGGCUCCUGGACCUCGUCAUCUCGACCAUCCGGCACGACCCGACGUACCCCGCGGGGAAGCUCUCGUACAACGUGGUGCUCACGCUCGAGCACAUGCACCUCGUGCCGCGCCGCCACGAGGACUACGUGCUCUCCGCGAGCGGCGACGCGCUGAGUGUGAAUGCGCUGGCGUUUGCGGGUAUGAUGCUCGUCAAGAGCGAGGCCGAGCUUGAGGCUGUUAGAGCGGAGGGCAUCUCGAAGAUCCUUCGAGGUGUGGGGCUGGAGAGUGUGCAUGAGAAACAGGUGCUGGGCUCCUCCGCGGAGGAGGAUUAGACGCGUCGAGAAUUGUAACUGUACCUAGAGAGAUAAAACAAAC